GGGAAUACUUACUGGAGAUUAUUAAAAUAGGCAGGUACUUCUGUGAUUCCAGAUCUAUAAAGAAUUGGUGAUUAUAAAUAAAUCAUGGUUGAUCCUUCAUCUUUGUAUCCAGACAGAAUGCUGUCCCUUUCUAUGUAAUAUAAUUUAUGUAGCCUGUGACAGAACAUAGAGGACAAGGACAAACAAGUUUCUAUGAUCUAAUGAGGGUAAGGUAUCCAUCUUCUGAGAGUGGAAGAAAAUCUGGAAAAUGUUUUCUCUUUUUCAAGAUCAAAUCUUCAAACUACUCAAUUAAUUACUCUGUGAAAAACUCCUAUCAUCAACUGACAAAUGAAGUAAGCAGGUGACUGGAGAUGAGCUCUGGAAACUGGACUCAGGUAACAGGAUUUGUCCUACUGGGCUUUCCCAAUAACCACAUCCUGCAGAUGCUUUUGUUUCUGGGGUUGAUGGUGACAUACAUUGUAACAGUCACAGGCAACCUGCUAAUCAUAGUGCUCAGCUGGAUGGACCACCGCCUGCACACACAGAUGUACUUCUUCCUGAGGAACCUAUCCUUCCUGGAGCUGCUGCUGGUAUCUGUUGUGGUUCCCAAGAUGCUUGACAUCAUCCUCACAGGGGAUCACACCAUCUCAUUUGCCAGCUGCAUGAUCCAGUCCUAUCUCUACUUCCUCCUAGGCACUACCGACUUCUUCCUCUUAGCAGUCAUGUCUCUGGAUCGCUACUUGGCAAUCUGCCGACCUCUCCACUAUGAGACUCUGAUGAGUGGUUAUGUCUGUUCCCAGUUGGUGCUGGCUUCCUGGUUAACUGGGUUCCUCUGGGUACUUUGCCCCACCAUCCUCAUGGUCAGCCUCCCUUUCUGUGGCCCCAACAGGAUCGACCACUUUUUCUGUGACAGUUGGCCCUUGCUGAGGCUCUCUUGUGGGGACACCUCCCUGCUGGAGCUGGUGGCUUUCCUGCUCUCUUCAUUGGUGUUACUGGGCUCUCUGACCUUGACCUCAGUUUCCUAUGCCUUUAUCCUUGCCACUGUCCUCAGGGCCCCCACAGCUGCUGAGAAAAGAAAAGCCUUCUCCACCUGUGCCUCACACCUUACAGUGGUGGUCAUCUUCUAUGGCAGUUCCAUCUUUCUCUACAUCCGUUUGUCAGAGGCUCAGUCCAUGCUGCUCAACAAAGGUGUCUCUGUCCUGAAUUGUAUCAUCACACCUCUCCUGAACCCAUUUAUCUUCAGCCUCCGCAAUGACAAGGUGAAGCAGGUGCUGAGAGAUGCCCUGAGGUGGCACUGGUCCACUGUUUCCAGGAAACUAUGUGGGUCACAAGUAAAAGGAAAUAUCCCUAUUAAAUUGGGAAAUUAAAUAUAUAUGGGAAAUAUUUUUAAUGUGCUAGAAUUUUUUUAAAGACUCAGGCAAUGCCCUACAACUUUCUCAGCUAGUCUGAAUAAAUAUGCAAUAAGAAA